GGGGAACACGGUGGUGGUGGAUUACUGGUGGAGUGGUUGGUUGUAGUUGUACUACUAGUGGGGUGGGGUGGGGUGCACACCACACCCCCCGCGCAUUCUAGCAUCACCCUCGUCAUCCCCCAUCAUCACCGUCCACCCCACCCGGUGGUCCUCUUCUUUUACCACCUACUUCUCCCUUUCCCCCUUCUUCAAACCACCGCCAAUCUUUCUAUCCUUUGGAUCUUGAUUGCUUCAAUCUUCGAUGUCCGCCACCGCUACCGCCGUUUCUGCAGCCGAGAAGCCUGUUCGGAGAUUCCCACCGCCCUGCUGGACUCAAGAUGAAGCACUAGCACUCAUCCAAGCCUACCGGGAGAGAUGGUACGCACUCCGUCGUGGAUAUCUACGCACCGCCGACUGGGAUGCGGUUGCUGAAGAGGUCGGCAGGAUAUGUCCCGGCGCGAUACCGCCGAAGACAUCCGCCCAGUGCCGCCACAAGAUGGAGAAACUCCGACAGCGUUACCGCGCCGAGAAGCAGCGGGCUCUGUCGUUUCCCGGCGGCCAGUUCUUAUCGACUUGGUUCUACUUUGAAGCCAUGGAUUCGAUGGAGAAAAACGGUAACGGAUCUAAUCCCGACGAAGAAACACAAUCCGGUAACGAUCUCAAUUCUUCCUGUAUUAAAAUUGUUUCUUUGAAAAAUAAUCAUGAAUCGAACACGAUUGUUGAUUCGGGUUAUGGAGGUUUGAAUCCGGGGCGUGGGAUUCGAUUCAAACCGGUUGCAGCUGAUGGCAAUUUGGUAACGAUAGCAACUAGGUCAAACAAUUUUAGGGUUUCUAAUAAUUAUGCUGCUCAAGAGGAAGAUAAUAAUGAUGAAUUCGAAGAUGGGUAUUAUGUUGAAACUCCAAUUGGUAAGAAUUUAGGAAGAACCCACAAAUUAUCUUCACAAAAUUAUGCAACAAGAUUCCAAUCCGAUCAUCAUAGCAAUGAUGGAGUUCAUCUCCACCCAUCCAAUUUUCAAGAUCUAGAACAUUCAGGAGUUAGACCUAGAAAAUUUAGCAAAACCAGUUCUAACUCAAAUCAUGGUUAUUGGAACGAAAACGGGCAAGAUCAUGAUGACGUUCUGGGAGAGGAUGAAGUCUGGAUGAAGAAGCCGAAAGAUCGGUCCAUGGAUUUUAAAGAAAAGUUGGGAGAUCGAAUUGAUAGGAACUCAGGCCACCACUACUUUGAUAGCGAAAAUGGUUCGAAUGAGUUUUCAAGAGAGAAAAGAGGGAUCAAACAGGAUGACGACUCAAUCGGGCAAAUCGUGUCAUCGAUUAAGCUUUUAGCUGAUGGGUUUGUGAAGAUGGAAAAGAUGAAGAUGGAUAUGGUUCAUGAGAUCGAGAAAAUGCGAAUGGAAGCCGAGAUGAAACGCAACGAGCUGUUGCUCGAGUCGCAAAAGCAGAUCGUUGAGGCGUUCGUUAAAGGUUUAGCUGAGAAUAAAAAGCAACAACAAUGACAAACACCAACAGUGAUCGAUCAAUUAAAGCAAAAGUUUAAGGGUCGUCUUGAGCGGAGUAGCAACGGCCGGUGGCGUUAACGUCGUUAAAAGCAUGAUCUACUUUACAGAUGAAGUUGCAAGCAUUGCAGUUAACAACUUGAUGUUCUUCUAUGCACUCUGCCGCCGUUACUCUUGUCGUUACCUCAUUAUCUGUUCAAGUUUUUAUCAUAAGGUUUUGUUCUACGUGAUUUUUUUCCAUCAAAAGUAUA